UGCGGGCGGCGGCCCCGGGGCGCCCCUCGCAACCCCCCGCGCGGCGCCGAGACCCCGCCAGGGGCGCGGAUUUCGAUCGCGUCUACAGCGGGGUGGUGAGCCUCAGCACCGAGAACAUCUACUCCUUCAACUACACCAGCCAGCCCGGCCAGGUCACCGCCAUGCGGGUAUAUGUGAACAGCUCCUCAGAGAACCUUCACUACCCAGUCCUCGUUGUGGUUCGCCAACAGAAAGAGGUGCUGUCCUGGCAGGUUCCUCUGCUCUUCCAAGGACUAUAUCAGAGAAGCUACAACUACCAGGAAGUGAGCCGCACCUUAUGUCCCUCGGAAGCGACCAAUGAAACAGGAGCGCUGGAGAAACUGAUCUUUGUAGACAUAGCGUCCAUGGCACCGCUGGGUGCCCACUACAAACUACUGGUUACCAAGAUGAAGCACUUCCAGCUGCAGACAAAUGUUGCCUUUCACUUCAGUGCCAGCCCCUCUCAACCUCAGUAUUUUCUAUACAAAUUUCCUGAAGAUGUGGACUCAGUUAUCAUUAAAGUCUGGUCUGAAAUGGCUUAUCCAUGUUCUGUUGUCUCAGUCCAGAAUAUCAUGUGCCCAGUGUAUGAUCUUGACGACAAUGUGGAAUUUAAUGGUGUCUAUCAGUCCAUGACCAAGAAAGCUGCCAUCACCCUACAGAAGAAGGAUUUUCCAGGUGAGCAGUUCUUCGUGGUAUUUGUGAUAAAGCCUGAAGAUUAUGCCUGUGGAGGAUCUUUCUUCAUCCAGGAAAAGGAGAACCAGACCUGGAAUCUACAACGAACAAAGAACCUUCAAGUGACCAUUGUUCCUUCCAUUAAAAAAUCCAUGUAUGUGAAAUUCAGUCUUCUCACUUUCUUCACCUUCUUGUCCUUCUACGUGGGAUGCCUGCUUGUUGCGUGCGUUCAUUAUAUCAGGUUUCAGAGAAAAUCCAUUGGUGGAGGCUUUGGUUCCAAUGAUGGAUCUGGAAACAUGGAGGUGUCACAUCCCAUUGCUGCCAGCACCCCUGAAGGGAGAAAUUAUGGGACAAUAGAUGAGUCAAGCUCCAGUCCUGGCAGGCAGAUGUCCUCCUCUGACGGGGGGCAGACAUGCCAGUCAGACACAGACAGCUCCGUGGAAGAGACUGACUUCGACACCAUGCCAGAUAUUGAGAGUGACAAGAACAUCAUCCGGACCAAGAUGUUCCUUUACCUGUCAGAUCUGUCCAGGAAGGAUCGGAGAAUUGUCAGCAAAAAAUAUAAGAUUUAUUUUUGGAACAUCAUCACCAUUGCUGUGUUUUAUGCACUGCCUGUGAUCCAGCUGGUCAUCACCUACCAGACAGUGGUGCACGUCACUGGCAACCAGGACAUCUGCUACUACAACUUCCUCUGUGCUCACCCCCUGGGCGUCCUGAGUGCCUUCAACAACAUUCUCAGUAACCUGGGCCACGUGCUCCUGGGCUUCCUCUUCCUGCUGAUAGUCUUGCACCGGGACAUUCUCCAUCGAAGAGCCCUGGAAGCCAAGGACAUCUUUGCCAUGGAGUAUGGGAUUCCCAAACACUUUGGUCUCUUCUAUGCAAUGGGCAUCGCGCUGAUGAUGGAAGGAGUGCUCAGUGCUUGUUACCACGUCUGCCCUAAUUACUCCAACUUCCAAUUUGACACCUCCUUCAUGUACAUGAUCGCCGGCCUCUGCAUGCUGAAGCUCUACCAGACCCGCCACCCAGACAUCAAUGCCAGCGCCUACACUGCCUACGCCUCCUUCGCCGGGGUCAUCACCGUCACCGUCCUCGGAGUGGUCUUUGGAAAAAAUGAAGUGUGGUUCUGGGUCAUCUUCUCUAUAAUCCAUAUUCUGGCCUCUCUGGCCCUCAGCACCCAGAUCUACUACAUGGGUCGCUUCAAGAUAGAUUUGGGAAUCUUCCGGCGGGCCGCUAUGGUGGUCUACACGGACUGCUGCCAGCAGUGCAGCCGGCCUCUGUACAUGGACAGAAUGGUGUUGCUCGUCGUGGGGAAUCUGGUUAACGGGUCCUUUGCCCUCUUUGGACUGAUCUAUCGACCCAGGGACUUUGCUUCCUACAUGCUGGGCAUCUUCAUCUGUAACCUGCUGCUCUACCUGGCCUUCUACAUCAUCAUGAAGCUCCGCAGCGCUGAGAAGGUCCUCCCCAUCCCGUUCUUCUGCAUCGUCGCCACGGCUGUGGUGUGGGCCGCUGCCCUGUAUUUUUUCUUCCAGACUCUCAGCAGCUGGGAGGGGACCCCAGCUGAAUCCCGGGAGAAGAACCGGGAGUGCAUCCUGCUCGAUUUCUUUGAUGACCAUGACAUCUGGCACUUCCUCUCUGCUACUGCCCUGUUCUUCUCAUUCUUGGUUUUGUUAACCCUGGAUGAUGAUCUGGAUAUGGUUCAGAGAGACAAGAUCCGCGUCUUCUGAGCCUCCAGCAUUAAGAGGGGUAGAGGGAGCGAUUGAUCUUGGUGCUGUUUCAUGAAAAAUACAGGGACUGCAGCAAAGUAACCACUGCCAAAUGCUCCACUCACCCUCUAUCGAGUCAACUUGGAUACAUUCACACACGGAGGAGAGAGGCAGGGGAGAUUCAAACCCACAAGAAGGGGGGCCACGGCUGUGGACAGAGGUGAGCCCUGAAGAGUCGAGAAGUGCCAUUCCAUUCCGUUGCAACUCGGAGCUAGACACGGACAAAAGCUGCAUCAGAGUCAACUCGCUGUCUUGGGACCCUUCCCACCCUCACAGAGCUUUGCCAGCAAUGGCAGGAUGAUGCUGCCUUCUUCUCUCCAGCUGCCUCCAUGCCCAGAAAGGCCAGCAGCUCGGAUUCCUUCUCUCCCUCUAGAAACUUCGGGUUGGCCCCCUUUGCACCUCUGUUACAUCUGCUGCUCUCGACAUCCCAAAACACCAGCUCGCUCCUCCAGGGUCCUGGACCAACAUGAUUCCUCUGAGUCUAGCAGAGGAGUGGACCCAAGGCCCUUCCCAACUGGGACAGAUGUUCUAGGAGCACCAGCUGGUCACCUCCUCAGAAGGAAUGCUGUACGUUUCCCCCAGGUUCCUGACCACAUUAGAAGGACUCACACUGGGCUAUGUCACACGCUCCCCCUCACAGGUGACCGUCUCUGGGACAAAGGCUUGGGUGCUUCCCUCUUCCUUAGUGUCUUCAUCUCACUGCUGUGUGUUGACUCCAUCACUCAGGCUCUCCCUUCUUGGGAAGGCUGUUGCUCCCCGGACCAGCUCCAAGGUGGAAGGAGA